AUGCGGACCGACUGCGUGGGUCGCUUCGGACCCGCCGGAGUUAAAGGGGGCGUGCUUACUCAGCAAGAAAAAGGCCGAAGCUCGUCGACGCUCGAGAAAAGCAUCAGGAGACAGCUUUCAAUUAUUGUCGGGCAUCAACAUCGACCACAGUCGAGCACUUCCCACCUACUCGCUCCUUACGGCCCUGUCACUCGUUCUCGCGCCACAAUGUUGGGUUUUAUCUCUGGAUUCUGGGCCAGUAAGUAUAUACAUCCUGCUCUCGAAAAUGCGAGUGCUAACUUAGACCGCAAAGAGCCCGUUGCAGAGGAGAAGCCUGCAGCUAGCGUUGUCGUCCCCAACCAAACGACAAAGCCAAAGCCAUGCUGCGUCUGUAAAGAAGAAAAAGCCACACGAGAUGAUUGCAUGCUCUUUUCCAAGUCCGACGACCCUGCGUCAGGAGAAUGCUUGACAUAUGUACAAAAAUAUAAGGACUGUAUGGCUGGAUUCGGAUUCAAGGUCUGA